CUGGUGUGUGUGUGUGGAGUUUUGGGCCACACCUAAUAGACCGGAUUGAACGCCAAUAGACCUAGAACUACGUAUCCCAGCAAGCAUAGCGUUAACACGCCGCAUCUCCGACGACUUGGCGCGUUUCCGGUCUCUAUGAAGACAAAUUCCCGUUCAUGUCUCAGUUUUACACUGUGAAAUUAACUUAAAGUAAAGCCUGUUGAAGACAAAGUCCGCAAUAAAUAGGUGAAUUCGGAUUGCUGUCUGACUAGCGAAGGCAAGUCCGUUGUAAUUUUAUCCAGCGUGUCUGAGAGAAAUCGUAUGGAAUGGCGGGUAAAGUCGAGUCCACAGCUGUCGGAGCAGAUAAAACAACAUUGUCCCUGGCUGCCGUACAGUUUUCUACACCUCCACUCCGCAUCACUUCAGCAGCACUUUGGCUUGUCAUGAAACAUCGUGACACUCGGCAUUAUGGGAAGCUGAUUGAUUUUGUGGACAUGGUGUGUGAUGCAGCACCUGAAAUCCUCAGUUAUCGGCACAGGGCCAAACUGACUCUUGGAUUGCGUGCUAAGAUCAUUUUAGAGAAGAUGGUUCAUUCUGCAUGCCCAGCAGACAUUGAGGCUGAACUGGAGAGAGUGGGACCACCUUCUGUACCUUCAGAUCAACAGCUGACAAAGCAGGACAAAAAGAAGGUGUUAGAGUCUGUUGAAAAUUUCAAAAACUUGAUCCUGUCAUUGGUGAAGUGCAAGAAGAUGCGUUCUCACUAUCUGCAGAACUGCUUGCAUGUAGAGUAUGGAGAAGAGUUUCUUCAGGCUUUGGAAAAACUAUUGUGGGAAUUCCUAGUGAGACUGGAUGAAACUAUGUCUGUUCCUAACUUCAACCAGGUUGUCUCAACCCUAAAUGAAUUGCCUGAAGAAUUGCAAAAGUCAUUGAAGGAGAAUACAGAUCACCAUCUUUUCAAGAAUCUUCUGCAUUAUCACAAAACUGUGGAUUCCUAUUUAGGUGACCAGGAAAUACCACAUGGCAGUAAUAACUAUUGUGCUGUCUCUCCUGGAAAAUGUUCUUCUCAGUCACCAGAAAAUUCCUUUUCAGGACUGCAGCCAGCUAAAAGUAAAAAUUCUAUGACGGUGCAUUCCGAGAAGAAAUCUGUUCCAUGUGAAUUGUUUUAUAGAUCUUGUAAUAAGAAAUCCCCUUCCAGGAAAUCUUGGAGACCACAUUGCCACUGUGACAGAUCAAUUAUUUACUCUGACUCUGAUGCUGAAUGCGAUUCUGAAGACCACAGCUGUAGGUCGGUGGAGAAGCAAUGUUCUGCAUCAUGUUCCUUGGGCAGAAAACCCUCUUCUGAUAGAUAUGGUAAAAUGGGAAGUAUGAGGAGUCCUGGACACCAUGCCAUCAGAAAAUCUUCACAGCUGAAAGGAUUAGACUCUAUCAAAUGCAAUUUUCAAAAUAUAAGUGCUUUCAGUAGAAACAAAUGCUGUUUGAAACAAUGUGAGGGCUGUGUGAAAGCUAAUCAAUCUUCUAAGAAGUCAGGAAAGUGUUUAUCAAAUGGAUCAUGUUGCCAUUCUUCUCAAGAUCAUGAAUCAAACAUUGACUACCUGCAGAAGAAUCUUGCUGCUUCCUGUUUAAGUCGCAAGCCUAUAGUUUUGAUACAUCGUUUGGAUUUCGGUGUCCUUCCUUCAAACUAUGUCCAUUGUACCCUAGCAGAAGAAGUAAACACUCUAGAUCAUCAUGAUCAUGUGCCGGAUUUGUUCACUGUUCCAUUAAGCCCUCAGAAGAGGCAACAUGGAAAUGACAUUAUCAUUAAUUCUUCAAAAGUAUGGGCAUCGUCAGGAAAGAGAAGAAAAUUGGAAGAGAAGGAGAAUUGUUUUGAUCAAAUGGAAUUGGAAAGAAAGUCUACAGUGCCACAAGAGCCAGCAACAGUGAGCCAGACCCCAUUAGACAUAAGUGAUGAUGUUAUACUGGACUCUGAAGAUGAAAUGACAAAAUCCUUCAAGAGUCGGCUGUUUUUCAAGAGAUACCAAAAAACAAAGUACAACACUUUCAUUCCAACUCUGAAGGAAUUCCUCAAGCCAGUUUCUGCCAAGCCACAGUUAAACUGACCAUUGAUAUAAGAAGAAUGAAGUCUGCUAGUUGGCUUUUGGAAGAUGGGUUGUGAGCCAAUAAUGCCUGCAUUCUUGAUGAGGAUUAUCCCAAGCAUAAUAAAAGAAAUGUCUUAGCUCUGUGUGUGUGUGUGUGUGCGCGCUUAUACAGUAUAUGGUUU